UUGAUAUGCCUGCUAGUGGAUUUCUUGUUUUUAUUAUUUCUCCCCGUUUUUGGCGUCUCGCUAAGCGUGUCUCGUGCUGUCCGGCCCGCUGCCAGCUCACCAGCGCGCGGAGGGGUUUCUGCAUGACGGGCUGAUGGAAAACGCCAGAGAUUUGGCGGAGCGUCCGUCCAGAAAGCGUCGGGACUCCUUCGGGACGCUGGACGGCCUGGAGGAGGAGCGCAGCAGCUGCAGCGAGGAGUCCAGCGGGGCGAGCGGCUCCAGCGCCGAGGAGAGCGAGGACGAGGAGCUGGGAGGGGGAGGGGCUCCGCUCGCUCCCCCGUCCUCCUCCCCCUGCUCCCUGACCCUUAUCAAGACCAACGGGCAGGUGUACACCUACCCUGACGGCAAGGCAGGCAUGGCGACCUGUGAGAUGUGCGGCAUGGUCGGGGUCAGAGAUGCUUUCUACAGUAAAACAAAGCGGUUUUGCAGCGUCUCCUGUUCCAGAAGUUACUCCUCCAACUCCAAGAAGGCCAGCAUUCUCGCCAGACUGCAGGGGAAGCCACCCACCAAGAAGGCCAAGGUUCUGCAGAAACAGCCUCUGAUGGCCAAGCUAGCCGCCUACGCUCAGUACCAGGCCAACCAGCAGAGCAGCAAAAAGAGCGGUGGGUCCUGCAGGCGGCAGGCAGUUUCCGUGGACGCAUUCGACUGGGGCCGUUACCUAGGAGACGGGGAUGUGAAGGGAGCACCGGUCAGCUGCUUCAAGCAUGUGCCGAUGGGGAAGUCCUGGGGCGACAUCAGUGAGGGGGUUCGGGUCGAAGUCCCCAACACUGACAGUGGACUGCCGAUGAAAGUCUACUGGAUAGCCGGCAUCAUCAAACUGGCUGGUUUUAAGGCCCUGCUGCGGUACGAGGGCUUCGACGGCGACUCGGCCAGAGAUUUCUGGUGUAACCUGUGUGUGCCGGACAUCCACCCCGUGGGCUGGUGCGCCGCCGGGGGGAAACCUCUGGUCCCGCCCAAAUCCAUCCUGCACAGAUGCACCAACUGGAAAAGUUUCCUGGUCAAAAGACUCACAGGAUCCAAAACGCUGCCGCCAGACUUCUACAGCAAGGUGCAGGAGAGCAUGCAGUUUCCCUUUAAGAAGCUGAUGCGGGUCGAGGUCGUGGACAAAACUCACCUGUGCCGGACUCGAGUCGCUCUGGUCGAACAGGUGAUCGGCGGGCGGCUGCGGCUGGUGUACGAGGAGUGUGAGGACGGGACGGACGACUUCUGGUGCCACAUGUACAGCCCUCUGAUCCACAGCAUCGGCUGGUCGCGCUCCAUCGGACAUCGCUUCAAGAGAUCCGACGUGUCGAAGAAGCUGGAGGGUCAAGUGGACGCUCCGGGACAGCUGUUCGCCAAGGUGAAGGAAGUGGAUCAGAGCGGCUCGUGGUUUAAAGACGGGAUGAAGCUGGAGGCCAUCGACCCUCUGAACCUGUCUGCCAUCUGUGUGGCUACAGUCAGGAAGGUCCUGGCAGAUGGAUACCUGAUGAUCGGCAUCGACGGCUCGGAGGCGGCCGACGGCUCCGACUGGUUCUGCUACCACUCCACCUCGCCCUCCAUCUUCCCCGCCGGCUUCUGCGAGAUCAACGACAUCGAGCUGACGCCGCCCCGAGGUUACACCAACCUGCCGUUCAGAUGGUUCGACUACCUGAGGGAGACCAGCUCUGUGGCCGCUCCCGUCAGCCUCUUCAAUAAGGAGGUCCCGAACCACGGCUUUCGCCCCGGCAUGAAGCUGGAGGCGGUGGACCUGAUGGAGCCGCGGCUGGUCUGCGUCGCCACGGUGACGCGCAUCGUGCACCGGCUGCUGCGGAUCCACUUUGACGGCUGGGAGGACGAGUACGACCAGUGGGUGGACUGCGAGUCGCCCGACCUUUACCCCGUCGGCUGGUGCCAGCUGACCGGCUACCAGCUGCAGCCGCCCGCCGUCACCGCAGGCUCCAGGGAUCUGCCUGCAGGAGCGUCCAAACAGAGGAAGAAAUCCCAGCAGUACAAGGGACAGAAGAAAAAGAGGAAGUUUCCAAUCGGUAAACGGCCCGUCAGCCUGUCGGGCGCCGUGGUAACGGGCGUUCCCAGGAACCUAUCAGGAGACGAGAACAUGACCCCACCCGACUACCCAUCACCCCCCACUCCCGCCUCGGCGGCUCAGCCGACCUCAGCGGAGCCGGAGACCUGCCCUGACACUGAGGGGAGCGCAGGUGCGGAGGUGAAGGAGGAGAGCGCCGAGCGGGCGGAGCUAAACUCUGAAAAGACUGAAACGGAAACCAACGGCCCUUCUGCAGAAUUCUUUAUCAGUCAGGAGCCUUAAGACCCGUCCGUCCAUCCAUCCUCCUCCUCAUCCCUCCAUCCAUCCAUCCAUCCCUCCAUCCCUCUCUUUCUCUCCUCACAGUCGGCUUGUUCUGAAGACCAGCCGUCAGUUUCAUCUGAACAUCUGCUGAGGUUCCUUCGGGCUGGAAAACCUCUUUCUACCGAUCAGAUCAAGCAGAAAACUCAUGAGGUGGUUUGGAUUUGGGUUCUUACCCACCGAGUGACUCGUCCUCCGGGUUUGACCCGUUAACUCCUCACCGGGGUUUUUCUUCUCCAAAAUCAGUUUGGAGUUGAUCUGGAUCAGCAAACCACACUGGAGUUCGGAUCGAGACGCAUAUUUUUGUCCGAAUGUGAGCCGAGACGGGAGCGUAGGAACCGAGGCCGACCCAAACCCGACAGGCUUUUUGUGUCCAAACCCGACCUGAGCCGCAGGUUCUGCUCGUCCUCCAUCGCUGGGUAACCACCUGAAACAGCCGACCUGAACCCUACCAGAACCCGAACAUAACUCCGGGCCGGCUGUCCUUACUGUAAACUGCACCGUUCUGAAGCUGAAAAACAGUUUUGAAGGAUUCACAGCGGCACAUGUUUGCCAUUGAAUCUUCACCGUCGCUCUCUCCGGCCGCCUCGCUUUCAAAAUGUUGGAGCUGCUUUAUCUCCUAGAUGCGCUCACUUCCAUCCUGCAUCGCCGUCUCCACCCCUCUGAGCUCCAUUUGGCAUCAAAAACAAUCUCACCCUCGGUCUUUCCUUCCCUCUUCUCAUCAGAAACAUCACUCUUUGUCUCCUGACCAUCUGAUUCCCUCUUUUCCCCUGGAAAAAAAAAAACAAAACAACAACAACCAAACAAACUUGUGGUUUGGGUUUCACAGCGGUGAUCCGCGCUCAUCAGCAAAACGACCUGAACUGAGAAAUUAGUUUAAGAAGAGGAGGAAGAAAGAAGGGGAGGAAGAGGUGCGAUGAGGACGGUGGCUGUUUGCACCGCUGCUUGUCUCUGGGUCCUGGAAGAAAAAAGGGAUCAAAAGUGGAAAAACAAAAAAAGACAAAACUUUUGUACGGUGAUUUUUCAACGCCAAGAUCUUUGUUGUCCGUGUGUUUCUGCGUGAUGCGUUCGAGGGUCAGCAGUCCAACGUGUUAAUCAUAGCAAAUACUGUGUAACGUGGAUGAUUAGGAGUGACUUGGAAACAGGGUGUUUGACAGCGUGUGUGUGUGUGUGUGUGUGUGUGUGGCUCGGACACUGUGCUGAACAAACAGACCAAACCUUUCUGGUACCAACCUCCCGUCACGACGCCACGAAACUCAAAACCACAGCGAAAACAAAAAACAAGCAGAAAGUGCGUGUGUGUGUGUUUGUGUGUGUGUGUAGUUCAGCGGUUUUCUGUAACGGUGUGAGUUCAGACGCAGCGACACGUCUGCACCCCGAAUGGUCAGAGCUUGAAACGUGUCCGUGGAAAAUUGCACUAAGCGAUCGGUGACGAGUGUGUGACGGUGUUCACCGGAGAACCGAGGAUUUUAGACGUAAAGUUUUGUGAGGAAAAUAAAACGCGUCCGCUUUAAAUGUGACUGUGAAGCAAGGUGCUGAGGGAAAACAGCUGAGUCAUUAUUCCCUCCAUUUAAAAAAAAAAAAAAGAAAAAAAACACUAAACAUAAAUACA